CCAGGGAGCCCCGCGGCCCCGGACUGGAAAAGGCAAAGCGGCAACAUGGCGGCGUCUGGAGCUGGUGACCCUUUGGAUACUAGAAAUGGAAAGGCCCCCUUUGCUCAGCGCAUCGAUCCGACUCGGGAAAAACUGACUCCUGCGCAGCUGCAAUUUAUGCGGCAGGUGCAGCUAGCCCAGUGGCAGAAGACUCUGCCACAGCGCCGGACCCGGAACCUCGUGACCGGCCUGGGCAUCGGGGCCCUGGUACUAGCUAUUUAUGGUUACACCUUCUACUCCGUGUCCCAGGAGCGUUUCCUAGAUGAGCUGGAGGACGAGGCCAAAGCUGCCCGAGCACGAGCCAUGGCAAGGUCGGCAGGCCCCUGAUCAGAAUGGGCAAUACCCACCUCCUGCCUGCUGGGGCCCCUUCACAAGAUGGAUGAUGCCACAUGGCCCUAGUAGAAAAUAAAGCCUACUCACAGCACUGCUGGCCUUCUUACUAAUCUUGGACGGAGAUUGAGCCAAGAAGCCAGGAACUUACACAUCUAUUGGUCCUUUUAAGGGAACAUUGCUCACCUCACACUCACUGUUUGCUAUGAACUGAGCUCUUCUUGUAGUUUGUUUCCUUGUUUGAAGGGUGUGCAACCCUGGCUUUUCACUUGCUUUCUGACUUUGUGGUUUGCCCAGGGGUGUAACUGUUAUGGGGGUGGGGGUGGCAGCUCUGGGCAGUGUUGGAGCCUGAGGUGGGAAAGAUGAGGUCAACUUGAGAAUAAUAAACUGAGUCAUAUCUCCAGGA